AUGUAUCUUAUGUUUAUUUUAUUAAUACUAAUGAGUUGCGUCUAUGGAUCUUGUGAUUUAAAUUGUAUCAAGUGUGAACAAAAUAUUUGCACUUUGUGUGAUGAUGGUUUUACUUUAGAUAAUGAAGGUUCUUGUGUACAAUGUUUGGAUUAUUGCAAAACAUGUUCUUCAAAUUCAAUGUGUAACUCUUGUAUUAAUAAUUAUUAUCUUAAAGACAACUCAUGUGUUUCUUGUGAUACUAAAUCAAACUGCAAAACAUGUUCUACUGAUUCUAAUGCGUGUUUAGUUUGUGAAUAUGGAUAUUAUCCAAAUGGAAGUGGAUGUUCAACAUGUGCUUCAAAAAAUUGUGGAGAUGAUUGCAAUACUUCCAAUGGAAUAUGUACUACAUGUAUUAAUAAUUAUUAUCCCAUAAAUGGUAUUUGUAAAUCUUGUGAUACUAAAUCAAACUGCAAAACAUGUUCUACUGAUUCUAAUGCGUGUUUAGUUUGUGAAUAUGGAUAUUAUCCAAAUGGAAGUGGAUGUUCAACAUGUGCUUCAAAAAAUUGUGGAGAUGAUUGCAAUACUUCCAAUGGAAUAUGUACUACAUGCAUUAAUAAUUAUUAUCCCAUAAAUGGUAUUUGUAAAUCUUGUUCUACUCUUGACUCAAAUUGUCAAAGCUGCUCUGAUAAAACUAGAAUUUGCUUAAAAUGUCAAAGAGGAUUUAACUUAGCGAGUAAUCAAACUAAAUGUAUUAAAUGUGAGAAUAAUAUUGGUUGUGAAUUUUGUGACUCAACAUCUGCAAAGUGUGGUGCAUGUAAAGACAAGUAUUACUUAAACCCAUCUUCUCAUCUUUGUGUUGCAUGUCCAUCACAUUGCAUGAAAUGUGUUUCUGGUAGUAAGUGCAUUUCAUGUGAAGACUCUUAUAUACUUUAUCAAGGCUUGUGUGUUCAAAAAGUUUGUGAUACUACACCAAUAGAAAAUAUUGAUACUGUAUGUAGUGAAAAUUGUAACUCUCUAAUAACAGACAAACCAAAAUGUUCACAUAUAGAUACACCAGUUGAUGCAUGUGACAAAAGUAAACAACAAUUAAAUUAUGAAGAAUGUAUUCUUUGUAGAGAUGGAUAUUUAUUGAAUUCUAACAAUUGUAUUGAACAGUCAAAUUAUGUACAAUGUAAUAGAGAAGUUUGCUUUACUAAAGAAGGGUUUUACCAAGAUGUCUCUUCAAAAGAGAUUAAAUCAUGUCUUAAUGAGUUUGAAGUUGGUAGCACUUCUUUAUGUAGAAUAUAUAAAGAGAAAGUAUAUCCUCUUAAAUGCUCAGAUAAAUACUAUUAUAUAAAUAGAUAUUUAGACUCAGUCCAAUGUGUUUCAUCAAUACCAAAUUGUAAAAAAUAUAUUGGAAAUGAAUGUGUUGAGUGUGAGUCUCAUUAUUACAUUAAUGAAGGUAUUUGUUCUCCUUGUAGUGAAGAAUGUUUAGAGUGUGAAGGAAGUGCAAAUACUUGUAUUUCAUGUGACAUCACAAAAAGAUAUAAAACCAACCAAACUUGUAAAUUAAGAACGGUUAAUGGGGUUAACAUAUGCGAAAGAAUUGAUGUUAAUUUAACAACUUGUACAAUGUGUGGUGAAAGUUAUUAUUUAAGUGAUACUGGUGAAUGUAUUGAACCUGUAAUCUCUAAAUGUGCUAAACAAAUUGGGACUAAUUGUGAAAAAUGUGUUAGGUCAUUUGUUAAGAAGGAUAAUGAAUGUGUUAAGUGUGAUGGUAGUGUUAUAAAUGGAAAUUGUUAUUAUCCAGUAGGAUUGAAAAGUAAUAUUAAGACAGAGAUAGAAAAUAGUUGUUUGGUAAGAAAUGAAAUUGGGUGUAUUCGUUGUAAAAUUGGAUAUUAUCUUGAUCCUACUACUUCAACGUGUAGAACUUGUAAAGAAGAGUGUACUUCUUGUAUAUCCUUAAGUCAGUGUAAUUCAUGUAAAUCAGGAUAUUAUUCAAUUAAUGGUGAUUGUAUUUUGUCAGCAGGGAAUUGUGAUAGAUUUAUUGUAGGUAAUACUCAAAGUUGUUUAGAAUGUAAAGAAGGGUAUUACCGAAAUUCUUCAUUAAUGUGUGAUGUAUGUCCAGAAGGAUGUCGUUGUGUAAAUCCUGAUUUUUGUACCUCAUGUUUUAGUGGAUAUUUCAAGACUCCUGAUAUGCUUUGGUGUGAGUCAACAACUAGUCUAACUCAUUGCACUAAUAUCACAACAGAAGGUUGUAUAAAAUGUGAAGAAGGUACAUACCUUUCUAAUGGGAGAUGUAUAAAAUGUGGAACAGGAUGUAAAACAUGCAAAACAAGUGGAGAUAAUUCAUGUACUUCAUGUAAAGAAGGAUUUAUCAGGUCAUCAGAAAGAAAAAUGUUUUCAUGUACAUAUUAUACUAAUGUUUCAAAUUGUUUAAAGGAAGAGAAUGAACAUUGUGUUUUAUGUUCUAGAAAAUACAAAUUGAGUGAUAACAGAUUAAGUUGUGAAGAAAAGUCAAUGACAGGUAUAAUUGUUGGAUGUGUUUUAGCAUGUAUUGUUAUAAUGUUAAUUAUUGUUACGAUAAUAUCAUUAAUUCUUUUCAUUAGAAUAGAACGUAAUAUAAGAAAAAGAAAUUCAGAAAAAAUUUGUGCUUUUAAGAUGAAAUAUAGUAAUUUACAUUUCUCCAGUAUUAAUGAAAAGUCAUCAUUAGUAACAAAUAAAAACAUUAUUCGAUUUGACCUUGAUAAUGAAGUGCUUCCAGUAGGUAAAGAAUCAAGAGAUUUGUUUUGUAUUGGUAAUAAAGGAAUUAAUAAAAUUAAAAUCCAAGUCACUUUAAAAAAAUCAAAUGACAAAUAUUUAUUGGAUAUUCAACCAUCAUUGGUUAUACUUGAUGGAGGGUAUGCGUGUGAAUUUGAAAUUUUUAUUCAACCAUUGUGCACAACAAAGAUAAAAGACAAAUUGUCUCUUAUUAGUUUUGAUAUGAAAGAAGGAAUUGAAACUUUUAGUAGUAUUAUUAUUAGAACCGAAACAGAAAUUACUACAAGACUAGAUUAUGAUGAGUUGGUUCAAGAAAAAAAAAUAGGUGAAGGUUCAUUUGGGGUUGUCUUUAAAGGAACGUACAGAGGGCGUGUUGUUGCUAUAAAAAAAUUAAAAGAGUCACAAAGUUCUGAAAAGGCAUUGACUGAGUUUGAAAAAGAAGCUACUAUGUUGGAUAAGUUUAGAAGUGACUAUAUCAUUCAUUUUUAUGGUGCAAUAUUUAUUCCAAAUAAGAUUUGUUUAGUAACAGAAUAUGCAUACUAUGGAUCGCUUCGUGAUUUAAUUGAGAAAAGGAGUCGCAACUAUGUAUCACAUCAUUUAAGAUUGAAAAUCUUAUUAGAUGCCUCAAAAGGGAUUCAGUAUCUACAUGAAAAUGAAAUGCUACACCGUGAUAUAAAACCAGACAAUGUUUUAGUAUUAUCACUGGAUGAUAACGUUAAUAUUAAUGCUAAAUUAACUGAUUUUGGGUCAUCAAGAAAUGUAAAUUUAUUAAUGACAAACAUGACAUUCACCAAAGGAGUUGGAACACCUUCUUAUAUGGCUCCUGAAAUAUUAAAUAGAUUAAAAUAUAAAAUGCCAGCAGACAUUUAUUCAUUUGGUAUGACAAUGUACUCUGUAUUAAAUUGGUCAGAACCUUUUCCAAAACAAAGUUUUAAGUUUGCGUGGGAUGUUGCAGAGUUUAUUGAGUCAGGAAAACAUUUACCUCAAUACAAUAUAAAAGAUGAGGAGUAUGCUUUGAUAAUGAGGUGCUGGGAAAAUAAUCCCAAGUCCAGAGAAGUUAUAGAGAAUGUUGUUAAAGACUUAGAAGUUCUUGUUAACAACCCUAAUAACAUAUAA